AUGUAUGUACAGUAUGUAUUGUGUGUUUCAGUGAGUGAUCUGAGGAUUGUCCUGGUGGGGAAAAAUGAGUCAGAAAACAACAGAGUGGGAAACUUAAUAUUCAAUAAAAAUGUGUUUGGAAAGAAAACACCACAACCUGAUGUAGAUACACUCACGGAAAGAGUAGAGAGGAGAAACAUCACAGUCAUCAACACAACUCAUCUGCUCAAUCCAGAACUCAGACUUAAAGAAAUAACACAAUACGUGUCCAGGUUGUGUCCUCCAGAGCCUCAUGUGAUCAUACUGGUGCUGCAGCUCAAUGAUUUUAGUCAGAAGAAUAGAGACAUAUUACCUUCAGUGUUGAACUGCUUUGGUGAGCAUGCGAUGAAGUGCACAAUGAUUCUGACUACUGAUGAGGAGACACGCAGCGCUGAACAUACAUUUGAAAAUGAAUAUAUUCAAGAAAUAUCUACAGAAUGUGGAGGAGGAUGCCUUCAACUUACACAAAAUACAAAACACUCUCAGAUACUUCAAAGAGUGGAUGAAAUAAUCAGUCAAGGUGUAGCUAAAGAGACACAGCAGGUCUCAUCUCUGCAUGAAGAAGACCGCAGGAAGCAAAGGCGACGAAGUCGCAGUGGAGAACGCCCCUACCAGUAA